AGUUGCAUUAAAGCACUUGUGAAACGUGUCUGCUUUUCCAACUUGAAUUUACACAACAUCAACAUCAGCUGCACUUACUGCUACAUCACAACGAUUUGCGAAAGUGCAGGUGCCAUGUUUCGUCGGUGGGGUUGGAGCUACAGGGAUUUUCAGGAGAUCGACCUGUUCUCGGACCGUUAUGCCACAAAUGCAGAAACGCUGUCCCAGACCAUCAGAGCAGCAGCUGCAGAGGAGCCAGACGCAGACGGAAGUGUGCUCUUUGGGCAGAUGAAAGGCACUGUGGUGGGGCUGAGGUAUUACACAGGAGUGGUGAACCGGGGAGAGAUGGUUGGUUUGGUGAGACAGCCCCAGAAUCCAUAUGAUCGAAAUGCAGUGAUGGUCGCCAAUGUGUACGGGCAGCAGGUGGGCCACAUCAAGAAAGAACUGGCCGCUGCAAUGGCUCAGAUCAUGGACAACAACCUAGCCAAAGUAGAAGGGGUUGUAUACUCAGGAACCAACAACACUUUCUCAAUGCCCUGUCAUUUGUCUUUUUGGGGCAAAGAAGAAAACAAAGAAAAUGUGACAAAAACUUUGGCUCGACGUGGUUUCAGACUCGAGUCCAGCGUCAACUCAGGAUCUGGAUCUGGAGGUGGGUAUCAACAAUCCAACUCAAAAGGAGGAAGACUGCCCAUAAAAGGUGUAACAGUCCCGCUGACGGCAGAAGAGCUGAAAAAUGCUUUUGACAAUUUGUUCGAAGGAUUGAUGGAAAGUAAAGACGGAGAGAAAGAUGCUGCACAUGCAGUGUCCACCCCCCUCCUGCCCCAUCAGAAGCAGGCUCUGUCCUGGAUGUGUGCACGAGAAAACAAGUCAGGUCUUCCUCCGUUUUGGGAGAAGAGAGGAGAGCUGUACUACAACAGCCUGACCUGCUUCUCUUCUAAAGAGGUCCCAGAGAGGGUGCGGGGGGGCAUCCUGGCAGACGACAUGGGACUGGGGAAAACGCUCACUACUAUUGCUCUUAUUCUCACAAACUUCCACCAAGGAAAACCUCUGCCUGUUGAGAAAUUUGAGAAAUCAUCACCCAAUAAGACCCCAGCAAAAGCCCCACAGAGUGAACCUCACCUGUCUGACAUUCCACAGAUGGAUGCCCCUGAAGACAACACAAAUAAAAAAAUUGAAAAGGGAAAGAAAAAAGCUCCAAAGCGAGAAGGCGUAGUUUUUUUGGAUGAUUUGGACUUUGCUGCAGCUCUUAGUGGCUCCACCUCAAACACAGGCCAAAAGAAAAAGAAAACAGACAAAAAUUCUGCUGCUUCACAGAGUGGGAAUUUAACCAUCCCUGACAUUCCCGAGGAUCCAACAGCUACAGCCACUCUUAUCGUUUGCCCGCUCUCUGUGCUCAGUAACUGGCUGGACCAGUUUGAGCAGCAUGUAAGUGUCAAUGUUAAACUGAAUGUGUAUCUGUACUAUGGCUCUGAGAGAAACAGGAGCCAGAAGUUUCUCUCGUCUCAGGACGUGGUCAUAACAACCUACAAUGUGCUCUCCACCGACUUUGGGAAUAAAAGUCCCCUACAUCAGAUAAACUGGCUCCGGGUAGUCCUGGAUGAGGGGCAUUUCAUCAGAAACCCAAGCGCACAAAUGACCAAAGCAGCUUUGGAGCUCAAAGCCUCACGCCGCUGGAUUCUGUCAGGCACUCCCAUCCAGAACAGUGUGAAGGACCUGUGGACUCUUCUAGCCUUUCUGCGUCUGAAACCUUUUGACGUGAGAGAGUGGUGGAACAGAGUGAUCCAGAGACCCGUCACCCAGGGUGACCGUGCUGGGCUGCAGAACCUCCAGACCCUGGUAAAGUGCAUCACUCUGAGGAGGACCAAGACCAGUGAAGUGAAUGGGCGCCCUCUGGUGGUGCUCCCUGAGAAGUCAGUGUUUGUGGAGCAGGUGGAGCUCAGCCCAGAGGAGAGAACAGAGUACGAACUUGCCAAAAACGAGGGACGAAACACCAUCAGAAGAUAUGUAGCAGAAGGGUCAGUCUUGAAGAAUUAUGCUGAUGUUUUGGCGAUUCUUAUGCGACUCAGACAACUCUGCUGUCAUCCAGACCUGCCCACCAAGAUUAGUUCAGACCCAGGUUCAGAUGCCACCCCCGCCGAGCUGAGAGAGCGUCUCAUAGAGAAACUGCGUCUGGUUUUGGCGAGUGGCUCUGACGAGGAGUGCUCCGUUUGUUUGGAUUCAGUCCGAUUCCCCGUUAUCACUCACUGCGCCCACGUGUACUGCCGGCCCUGCAUCGCCAGAGUCAUCAGCACACAGGAGGAGAGGGCACGGUGUCCUCUGUGCCGCAGCGAGAUCAGGACAAAUGAACUGGUGGAGGUCCCAGAGGAGGAAGAUACUGGAAACAGCACCAAGCAAUGGAGGACCAGCUCAAAGGUGCAGGCUCUGAUGGGAAACCUGCUCAGACUUAGGCUGAAAGACCAGAGUGUGAAGUGUCUGGUGGUCUCUCAGUUCACUCGCUUCCUCACUGUCUUGGAGACUCCACUCAGAGAGGAGGGCUUCAGUUUUGUGCGUCUGGAUGGGACAAUGACGCAGAAGAAGAGAGCUCAGGUGAUCCAGGAGUUUCAGGACAGUUCCUUGGACAGUCCCUCCAUCAUGCUCCUGUCACUCAAGGCUGGAGGAGUUGGACUCAACCUCACUGCAGCCUCACAUGUAUUUCUUAUGGACCCUGCUUGGAACCCGGCGACUGAGGAGCAGUGCAUUGACCGCUGUCACCGUUUGGGACAAAAAAGGAAAGUUGUUGUUACCAAGUUCAUUGUGAAGGACUCUGUGGAGGAAAACAUGGUGAAGAUCCAGAAGAAGAAGCAGGACCUGGUAGACAAAGCUUUUGGAGCAGCCAACAGCAACAAGAAGUCCUCACGAAUCGACGACAUUAAAACUCUAAUGGAGAUUACAAUUUGAUUAAAACCUAUGAUCACUUUUGCACCA